GUGCGUAGCCGGGCUUCAAAUAUGAAAGGUCCAGUCGGCCCGGUGCCAUGCACGGAGCACGUUAGUCCACCUGCGGCGCAAACAUGGUUGAACAGUUCGUUGGAACCUGGAAGAUGACAGCCAGUGAGAAUUUCGACGAGUACAUGAAGGCAAUAGGUGUUGGCUUCACCACUCGGAAGAUCGGGAACAUGGCGACGCCCAGCCUGCUGAUAAGCGUGGAGGGCGGCGUUAUAUCGCUGAAGUCUCAGAGCACGUUCAAGACCACAGAGAUCAAGUUCAGACUGGACGAGGAAUUCGACGAGGCGACCGCGGAUGACCGGAAGACCAAGACCAUCUUCACUCUUGAGGACGGGAGGCUCGUGCAGAAACAGUCGUGGGAUGGAAAAACUACGACGCUGGAGCGCGAGGUCCAGGAUGGCAAACUGACGGCGAAAUGUACCAUGAAUGACGUUGUUGCAGUAAGGACUUAUGAAAAGGAGGCGUAAUUCCUGACUCUCUGCACCACCACCACCAGCAAAGCUACAACCUGGCUUAAAACUCAGUUCUCUUCACUAUGCAACAUGCGCUGUGCUGUUAACGCUCUGAAUAAAGUCUCACUGUGAA